AUGGGAUUUACGGCACAUUCAAAUUUGAACGAACACGACCAUGAAGGUCAGCAACCACGUGUCGCCACGAAACGACAUCCGAUUAUUCACGGAUUGAUUGCCUUCUUGCAGAGUCCAUUCUGGAUCAAUCCCAUUCAGAGUUUUAUUGAUGAGAAUUGUUUGUUUUUUGAUGGAGAGGAAGAAAAUUGUUUGGAAUUAACCCAGGUUCAUGAGAGGUUCCGAGAAUUGAUAGAGAACUUGUUGGAGUUUUUGCUCGGGGAGAUGCAUGUAUCGCAUGAGGAGUUUGUUAAAGUUCUAAUGGCUGAAACCAAUGACGCAACACUGGGUCAAGCAUUGGAGCACAUCAUGGCUAUGGAUGAUUAUUUGAGUUUCAGAAAAAUUAUGGAAAGAAGAAAUCUUCAAUUGGAGUGCGAAGCUUUAGAUACUCUGAAAAAGAAAGUCAACCCAACUGAGGAAGAUGAUGAGGAAUUACGUAAAGUGUUGGAGCUAUCUAAAAGAGAGCACGAAGAACUCAUGAACCAAAAGAAAACAGUUGCCGAAAAAGAGGAAUAUGAUUUGGUUAUUGGAGCAUCUUUGUCUGAGCAUGAAAGAGAACUUGCAGAAAGGCAACGACAAUUGGAGCAAGCAGAGCUAGAGAUGGCAAUUGCAAUUUCUUUGUCACUUCAAGAAGAACAAAAACGAAGAGAACUUGAAGAAGAGGAAAAGCACAACGAGGAAUUACUAAGGAAGCAAGUGGAAGAAGACUCGAGAAGACAGAUGGAAAAAGAGAAAGAACGCCUGGAACUGGAAGAAAGACAACGACAGGUUCAACAAGAACAAGAAAAAAGAAAGCUGUUGGAACGCCUGGAACAAGAAAAACAACGACAACAGAAAGAAUUAGAGGAAAAGAGCAAAAGAGAAGAAGAGCGGUUGCAUCUUCAGGCAGUGCAGCAAGCAGAAGAGCAAGACCUUCAGAAACAAAACGAAAAAUCGCAACAGAAGCAGGAGGAUUUAUUUAGGUUUAACUUUACUAGCCCAAGAUCAGAUGAAACCAUUAAAGAAGAAAUGCUCAGAAUUCAAAAAGAAAGGGAUGUGUUACAAAAAUUGUUGGCUGAAAAAGAAAAACAAAAAGAAGAGGAUAUCACAAAAGAAAAGUCCACAAUAGAUGCUGUUCACACUACGAGAAAAAAGAAAAAGGAGGAACUAAAGGAGGCAAAAGAGAGACUUGUGGAAAAGAAAAAACAAGAACGAGAAGAAAAGUUGAGAGAUUUCAAGUCCAAGCUUGUCCUUAAGAAGCAAGGUUCUUCAGACAGCCUCAUGUCCACAACGUCCUCUUUGUCUUCCCCUAGUUCAAGCACUUCAAGUCCAAAGAAUUCAUCUGACGAAGAAGAGGUUGAAUCAAGAAGAAGAUUAAUGAGAGAAGCGCUUUCAAGACGGGUUAAAGAAGACCUAUUGCGGCAAUCUCAACCUCUCCCAGAAAUUCCAACCAAAGAACAACCUAAACAAUUUACAAUGGUUGACACAGAUGCAGCAACUCACCUCAGGUCGCUACUGCAAAACGUAGUUCGAAAUUUGAAAAAUGAGGGAGAAGAGGACUAUGUGUUCAGUGAGACUAAAUAA